AUGUCAGACGAGAAGUUUGAGGUGAAAGAGAGCGAUAUGGAUGAGGUCGAACAAGCGGUGGUGAUGGGAGUAGUACGUGAAGCUCAACGAUUGUACAACAUAGAUAAGGACGUCGCCGCGUUUAUUAAGGAGGAGCUGGACAAACAACUUGGAGCAACCUGGCAUGCAAUUUGCGGAAAGUGCUUCGGCUCCCGGGUGUCAUACGAGAUGGGACACUUUCUGCUGCUUAAGUGUAACAAGGUAGGUGGACGGAUCUAUAAAGAUUCGACGUGA